UCCGUGCCCCUCGGCAAGCAAGCCGCCCUCGACCUUGUCGACGCCAUUGAGCCCUACCUCGAGUGGCAGAGCGAUGCCGCCUACUUGAAGAACCCUCCUCAGGACUACUUCUACCCUGGCUUUGACCUGUUUGAGAACCUCUCCAAGGUCCGCGCCAACCUCGAGGCCGACAAGUACGAUGGCGAGUAUGACUUCAUGACGGACCUCUACGAGACCGUCUUCCUCCCCGGUCACGACGGUCACUACCUCUUCUACCCCGACAUCCUGUCGCGCGCUUUCAAGUGGAGUCGCCAGCGCUCUCUCGUGUCCAUCAGUGAGGAUGGAACCUCGCUUCCCGUCAUCAAGCUCUACGAGGACAUCAUUACCGACCCCGCCACUGCCCCGGAAGUCACCAAGAUCAAUGGUGUCGACGCCAGCAGGUACGUCGAGGAGACCAUCAACAAGGGUACCUACAACCAGGAUGUCGACUCGGCCUACAACUCCAUGUUCUACUCAAAGGCCGGAGAAGCCUCAGCUGGCAUCACCGGCUACUUUGCCGGUUCCGGUCGCAUCAGUAUGAUCUACCAAGGUCCCACGACGACCUUCACCUUCUCCAAUGGCACUGACCUCACUCUCGAGAACGAGGCCCAGGUCAUCGGAGACAUGACCGGCGUUGUCGAUGGCACCUCCUUCUACGAGAAAUUCUGCACGCCCCAGCAGACUGCCGAGUCCAAAGUCCAAUCUUACGGCGACGCCCAGCCUUCGGGGUACCCAAAGCCCGUCAUCUCCACGAGCGACAGCAUCGUGUCAGGCUACUACCUUGAGGGUGAGGGUCUUGAGGAUGUCGCCGUCAUCGCUCUGCUUGCCUUUGAGAGCGCUAGCCCUGUCGAGUUCCAGGCCGUGACGCGCGACUUCCUCGCCGAAGCCAAGGCUGCUGGCAAGACGAAGCUCGUUGUCGACUUCCAGUACAACGGCGGCGGCUACAUCCUGCUGGGCUACGACUUUUUCCGCCAGCUCUUCCCUCACAUCCUCGAGGACGGCUUCUCGCGCUGGAAGGAGAACGGGGCCUUCGACGCCAUCUCGGACAUUGUCAGCAAGGUGUCCGAGGGCGUCGAUCCUUACACGUCCGACGACUCCACGUUGAUCGCUCUAUACCAGUCGUGGUUCAACUACCGCUACGACCUCAACGAGACAUAUCAGCCCUUUGAGACGUUUGACGACAAGUUUUCCCCCCACAUCUACGAAAACACUCCCUACACGAACCUGAUGCGCUGGAACCUGAGCGACCCCUUGACGACCAGGAACGCCACCUACGGCCUCGGCACCGACAUCUCUGGCUACGGGGUCUUCCAGAACCUGACCCAACCCUUCGCUGCCGAGGACAUUGUGCUCCUGUACGACGGUGUGUGCGCCUCUACCUGCAGCAUUGCUUCGGAGAUGCUCCGUAUCCAGGGCAAGGUCAAGUCUGUUGCCUUUGGCGGCCGCCCCAAGGAGGGUGCCAUCCAGGGCGCCGGUGGAGUCAAGGGCUCGCAGGUUCUUCAAUUUGGCGACAUCCUCGAGUACGCACGGGUGGCCGCCAACCUAACGACCGACGAGGAGCAUCUUGCCGAACUGGAGCGCUAUACGGAACUUCCCAUUCAGCGCGCCACGGCCGCCAACGUCAACGUGCGUGACCAGAUUCUGCGCGACAACCUCGACGACGGCGUGCCCGCCCAGUUCGUCACCGAGGAGGCCGACUGUCGCCUGUACUGGACCGCCGACAUGAUUGCCGACGUGAGCAAGAUCUGGGAGGCUGCUGCCAACUCGGCCUUCAACGGCGCCAAGUGUGCCCACGGUGCUAUCUCCCGGCCACUGUCUUCUGGUUCCGCUACCGUGUCUGCCUCGUCGGGGUCGGGUGUCUCCUACAGGCCUCCUGUCAGCAGGUUGUCAGACAGCGUGGACAAGACGCCCUUCAAGCCUACCAAGGAGUGGGCUGCUUUCCACCAGCAAAAGGUCGAAGUAGCCUAG